AAUAACUAUUUUUUAACCAAUGAAAUAAUAGUGUGCUAAAUAAUUUUUAAACCAUGGUGAAAGUAUAUUACUGAUAAUUAAGAUUACUUAUACAACUUGACUGCUUGAAAAGUUACAGCAGUUUGUUUCGUUGGUUGGCUGGUUUCCAUUUCAUUUCAAUUCAAUUCACUUUUGAUUUCAAAUCAUCAGAUUAUCUGGAAACAAAAUUUUUUUUUGUUUUUUUUUUAAAAUGAUGAUUAUAUAAUAUGUACAUGAUGAAAAGAAAAGUAACUUUUAUCCCCUAAAAAAGAAAAAAAAAAGAAAACUAUCAAGAAAGAAAAUUUAAAAAAAAGAGAACAAUUAUCGAUGUGAGAAAAUUUAAACAAAUCAUUAUAGUAAAUCAAUACAAUUCAUUCAUGAUAUGUAUCUAACGAUAAAAGUUAAUAUUUACAAAAUAAUUUGUUACCAUGGCAACGAAUUGAACAAAAUUCCUAUGAUCAAGUACUUUAAUUCCAAUCAAAUCAAUGAAUUGAAUGUUAACAUUCCUUGGAACCUUUCAUAGAUUCAUUUAUCAUAAACUACAUCAUGUAUUAUACAAUUAUCAUUGUUCAAUUAUUAAACCUUAUUAAUUUUCAUUCAACAUUAUCAUCACAUAUCAAUGAAUUGAUUGUAAACACUAUGAUACCAAGUCGAUUAAGACGUCUAGUGGACUACAGUAAUUAUGAUUCUACUAUAUCUAGUACUAUGAAUAUUUUCUAUAAGAUACGUGCUGAUAGAAAAGGUUUAAUUACAUGUGAAAUCAAUUUAAAAGAGAAUGAUUAUUACCAUAGUAACAAUCAAACUCAAUCUAUGACUAAUGAAUCGGUAAUUGAAAUGAAACCUACAAGUACGGUGUAUUUAAUUUGUCCACAGCUUUCAACAUCCAUCUGUUAUAUGGAUUGUAGUCCAAAUUGUUUAUUAAAUGAAAAUGGAUGUACAAUACCACGUAGUAUAGCACAAGUUAUUGAAGGAUGUCAAUUUAAACGAAUCAAUACAAGUACAUUCCAAUAUCAAUAUAUUAUUAAUAUGGAAGAACUUGAUCAUACUGGUUUAUGGAAUUGUGAAUAUCGUGGACAACGAGCAGUUAGAUCCUUAGAAUUACAGGCUGCAGAAACUAUCCCAACAAUUAUAAAUGAUACUGGUAACAACAAUAUUACCAACAGUAAUAAUGAUACUCAGAUUAAAAAUAACUCAUUUAUACAAAAUGUAACUGAUAUUAUUAAUCAGUCUUACCGAAAUACCAAAAGUCAGUCUAAACUGAAUAGCGCCAAUCCAACUAGAACAAAGAACGAAAUGAUUGAAAACCGGAAAAAUCUGAACAAUUUAAAUAUGGCUAACAUGGAGACAAUACAUCAAAGUCAUUUGAUGAAUUUAACCGAGGAAUUAAAAAAUGACACUUUGGAUAGAAAAUAUUUUCGUUUGGCACAGAAACAAGAAAGUCAACGUCUACUUGAUUUUAAAUUGACCCGACCUGAAUUGGUACUCAGUUUGAUUGGAAUAUUGGCUGUUUCUUUGGUCGUCAAUAUUAUUUUAAUAGUUCGAUGUUUAUUAUUGAAGAGUUAUUUAGAUGAUGCACAACAUGGGAAAGUAAACUCAUAUUUAAAGUGUCUACUAUGUUUACAAUCGAAACCAGAUUUAAGCCUGUCAACAUCAAUGAAUAAACCAAUUCAUCCAUCAAAUCAUCAACCUUUACUGAUGACCUCUUGUCAUGUUGGACAAAUCAUUGAACCUAAUACAACAUUCAUGAAUUAUUCUACACAGAUUGAUGACAGUCUAACAGAAUCUGUUUUACUCUACCAUAAUAAUAAAUCUGGACAUUAUACACAUAAUGAAAAUAAUCAUCUAUUACCUGUGAAUACUAAUAUUGUCUUACCAAAUAUGCUUCAACCAACUACAUCCAUAAUACCUUUAUCAAAUCAUGGAACAAAUGUAUCGUAUGUAUCAACAACUCCAUCGUUUCAUCAUUUAAUCAGUAAUUCUUCUACAGUUAGUCCAGAUGAUUUCUUAAAAUUUCAUAGACAAAAUGGUCAAAGUAGUUCUGGAGUUUCAUUAGAAUCCGACCCAACUCCAACUAAACGAACAAAUCUAUUUCAUUCACAAUCAGUUAAUUAUUCUAAACAUUCAAAUCAACAUCCUCUACUUUCGGAAUGCUGCUUUCAAAAUGGAAGCAUUACUAUUCCUGGUCAAAAUGGUAGUUUGAAUGGAUCUUUAUUAUAUUCAAAUGAUUCAACAAGUUUAACAGAUACUACAAAUGGGAAUGGAGUAAUUAUUCCUAAUCAUAUAAUUGUAUCACAAAAUCCUUAUUCAGCUUAUCGAAUGCAAUAUAUUUGUUCAGGUGAACAAUCUGAUAAGUUGACAAGGAAAUUUGAUUUCCAACCGCAGCCGAAACAACAUCAUCUGUUUACUCAUUCAAAUGAUAAUGCCAACAGUAUUUGUCAACAUACUUCUUCACAGUUUACUCAUCAAAAAGAACAUCAACCUCGUACAAACACUGAAUUGUCUAGUUCUCAAGAUAUUGACAAUGAUGAGACAUGUAAUUUAAUUACAGAGAAACGGAUCAAUCAGGACUUACAUAACUAUGCAUUUAGAAAUAGUUCUACUAUUGAUUCAUUAUCACAUGGUACUAAUAGUUCAACAAAUCAAUUAGAAAGUGGUUUAACAUUACAUUCAAAUCAAUUACCUUCAUGUCUUACACCAUUAGUAGUUCGUUUCCCUUCUGGUGAAUCAGGUUUUUUAUUUUGUCCAACACGUACAACUAAUGAACAUUACCAAUCUGAAAGUUUAUCACGUCAAUCAAAUCGUUUGUCAACUGUCUCUAAUCAUGUCAUCAAGUCAAUGGUUAUAGAUCCAAGAGAAAAGGAUACACUGUUAUGCUCAGAUAUUAAAAUGAACCCAGAUAGUAUCCAGGCAAAUGUUGAACCGUUAAAAUUUGAAAAUCAGUUCCAAUCAAGUCGAACAUCACAAACUUCGGAAAAUAAUACAAAUCUGUAUUUUCUACCGAAUACAUUGAAGAAUAUAAAUCAUUCAUCAGUUGAUUAUGAAACAUCAUCCAAAUCUUCAUUGAAUCAUUAUAUCAAUAAUAAAGAUGAUAAUAAAUUAGAAAUAAUCACCAUGGCAACAUCAUGUCAUAAUAAUGAUAUACUUCAUAACUAUGAAGGUAUUCCAUUGAUAGACAAUUCUAAUGAUCAAUUACAUAAACAGAAUAGUGUUCAAGAAUUAAAUACUAGUACUACUAUUUAUCCGGUGCAUUAAUGAUAUCACUUUAGUGUAUAUUAUAUUCUCUAUUAUUUCUCAAUUGAGCAACUAAUAUACCAUUAUGAUUAUUAUUGUAAUGAUAGAUAUUGUACUUUGACUUUAUAUAGAAACUUUUAUUUAUAUAGUUGAAAUCGUGAGUCAAUUGAAGCUAGAC